ACGUCUCCCACUCAGCCCAUCUUUAUUCAGCAUCCUCUGGUUAAUGGAUUACACAGUUUCCCUCCAAGUGCAACAUCAGCUGGCAGUUUCCCCGACACACUUCUACCAGGGCUACAGCGUGGAAUUACAGAUGAAGUCAACAGAGGUGGACCAAGGACUUUUCACAGACAGCUACUGCAAAGUGUGCAGUGCUCAGCUCAUCUCCGAGUCCCAGAGGGUUGCCCAUUAUGAGAGUCGGAAACAUGCCAACAAAGUGCGGCUGUAUUACAUGCUCCAUCCUGUCGAUGGAGGUUGCCCUGCAAAAAAGCUCAGGACAGACAAUGGCAGCAAUGAGGGCGACGUAGACAAAAAUAAGUGCUGCACAUUGUGCAACAUGUCCUUCACCUCAGCAGUGGUGGCACAGUCACACUACCAGGGCAAAGUCCACUCCAAGAGGCUAAAACUCCUACUUGGGGAGCAGCCUGCCAUUACAACCAAAGAGACAUCCCACAGUCUGGUAAAAAGCUUUACAGAAACCUCCCCCUUGACAUCCCUGCAACAGCGCAGAGACUCAGCCCGCUACUGCCAGUUAUGCAACGCCUGGUUUAACAACCCCGGCAUGGCACAGCAGCAUUAUGAUGGCAAGAAACACAAGAAGAAUGCAGCCAGAGCAGACCUCUUAGAGCAGCUAGGCAAGACCCUUGACAUGGGAGAGAUGAAAGGUCUGAAACGAAGCUACACCUGUGAAGUCUGCAGGGUCAUGCUGAACUCUGUGGCGCAGUACCAUGCACAUCUGCAGGGCUUAAAACAUCAAAAUAACCUGAAAAAUCAGAUAUGUGUCCAGUGAGCAGGGGAAGAAGUCUGUUUUGGCUGACCCAAUACAAGGAAGACGUUCAGGAGGUUUUAUGCUGGAGAACGGCACCAACACUCUCACCUGUCAGUUUGCAUUACAGUUCACACUGGCCACUCUUACAUCAUUGAACUUUGAGUUCCUCUGCAGAUACAAUAUGUACUGUGUUCUUAUCUACUGUGUAGACAGUGUGAGAACAGGGUCUCUUAUUCAUGAUAGCCUUUUAAAAAAAGCAUGGACUAAAUUAUGUUAUCUUUUCCACAUGCAAGUACUGUAAGUGGCAUUUUAACUUAAGAAUAUGAGAGUUAUUUUGAAUUUUUUCUUUUUACUUGAAUGAAACAGCAUAUUUAUGUGAAAUUAAAUGAAAAAGGCAACUUAUUAACUGUACUGAAAUUGUAUGAGACAAUUAUUUGUGUUUCUUUUAGUUUUUGUGUGAUGCACAGUGUAACUUUACUAUAAUGCUUUUAUUACAAUUUUGUGGAGUGGAGAAAAUUAAUUUUAAAGGUGCACUAAUGAUGCUGGUUGUAGAUCUUGUGAUCAAUUUAUUGUUUGAACAAAGAGCUGACAGUACUUUAAGGAGACAAGCACAGCUAAUAAGAUCUGCAUAUAUACAGUAAAAGACAGAAUAUUUAAACUUUUUAAAUAUAGUUUUCAUUUAUUAUAACUUAAUCGUGUUAAUUGCAUGGGUUUACUGUGAUUAAUCGCGAUUAAUGCAUUAACAUAAGAAAAAUCUGAAUCAGUUUUCAGAACCAGUUUAAUUUUAGCCAGGUUUGCACAAGACAAACAUGGAAUUGCAUUCGGUCUGACUCCGUCUUUUUAUACCCUUAGGCAAAACAGGAAUUGUUUACAUAUUGUUUACAGUUAGAAACUUACAUACUUACAUACAUAAAAAAAUAUAUGUUAUUAACAUAACAAAUAGUAAGAUAAAAUAGUAUAAAUUAAAUAUUGCUUGAUAAUGGUGGCUAUAGCUCUGUGACGCCUGCCAGAGGGGAGGAGUUUGGACAGGUUGUGUGCAGGGCGUGGGUCAGCAGUAAUGCUUGCUGCCCGUUUUCUGAGUCUGGCCUGGUACAAGUGCUGGAUAGAUGGAAGCUCAGUCCCGAUGAUCUUCUCUGCUGACCAGACCACCCGCUGCAGUCUGUGUCUGUCCUGCUUGGUAGCUGAACCAAACCACACAGUGAUGGAGGUGCAGAGGACAGACUGAGCUGUCAAAGGAAGUACAACCUCUGCUGGGCCUUUUUGCAGACAGUGUCUCCCCAGUCUUGAGCAUGUUGAGCUCCAGCUGGUAAUAACUGCGUCACUGAACCAGCUGCUCCACCUCCUGUCUGUAUGCAGACUCAUCAACGCUCCCGUCAUCCAGGUAAAGACAGCCCCACUACAUCCAGAGAUUUCACGUACUGAGGACAGGUCUAAUCGGAGCUUGUGAACUACCUCGGUGACCUCAGCCUGGAUGAUGGGCAAGUCCUCCUCUGAGACCCCUGCCUCUGCUUCCUCAGCAGAAGGCGUGUCGUAGGGAUUGAGGAGAUCCUCAAAGUACUGCUUCCACCAUCCGAUGACAUCUCCAGUUGAGUCCCCCAGAUCAUCCGGUUUGGGGAUUGUCACCACAAUACGACGUCCGACCGAAUGGACGCGUUAACAAUGGAGGUGGAGAAUAUGGUCCACUCAGGCUCAGUGUCUCCAGCCUCCCUCGGAAUCUGGUUGAAUUUCUCCAGGGGGGUGUGAGUUAAUAAAUGGCCUUACUUGGAAGAUGUACAAUUCAAAGAAAUCGAUUUGGAUAGUGACUCUUAAUUGGAGUAGAUUGCCCAAAGGCAGUGGAGUCAUGGCAAAUCAUAAAUAGCCAAGGCAACGGUCCCUAUGCUGUAAGAACACUGUUAGGAUGGGUCGUAAAUGGACCACUAAAUGGAUCUUCCACUACAGACAGAAACGGAAGACCAGAGGCGUCAGUAAACUGCAUAUUGAUUGAACAUGUUGAAAACUUUCUGGUUAAACAAUAUCAGUAAUUAUUUCCCUGAGAAGUAGUAUCAAGAAAACCUCCAAAUGUCAGUUGAGGACCCGAAAUUCCUGAAACUUGAAUCAAGUGCACCUACGCUAAAAGACAAGCAUGACUAUUUACCUUUACCACUUUGUGACAGUCACAUCAUCAUGCCAAAAAACACAUUGCAGAACAAAGAUCAAACUACCUCCUUAAGAAAUUCAAAAUAAUUCCUGCUUAUGCAGAAGAAUACAAAGUGUUUAUGGAACAUAUGAUCACUAAGGGCUAUGCUGAGAAGGUGCCAGCAAAGAUCCUCCAUCAAGAUCAUGGUAAGGUGUGGUACAUACCGCACCAUGGAGUAUACCACACACUCGAAGGAACCCUUAGAGUAGUGUUUGAUUGUACUUCAUCUUACAAAGAAACCUCUCUCAUGAACUUCUGCAAAUACCUGACCUAGCUAAUUCACUGCUAGGUGUCUUACUCAGGUUUCGUCAGGAACAAUUUGCAGUAAUGACGGACAUAGAGGAAAUGUUUAAUCAAAUUUGAGUUAAUGAGAGUGACUCAAAUUUCUUAAGAUUUCUGUGGUGGCUUGGAGGUAACACAAGUCAAAGGUUAGAACAAUACAGAAUGACUGUUCAUUUGUUCAGGGACAUUUUGUCACCAAGCUGUGUUAAUUAUGCCUAUUAACAAGAACAAAUUUAAUGCAGUUCUCUAACAGUUAAACUCAACUUUUAUGUUGAUGAUGAUGUACCUACUGAGAAGCAAGCUAUUGACCUGGCCAAGGACCCCAGUGAGCUGUGUGAAUAAGGGGGCUUUAAACUAACAAAAUGGGUUAGCAAUAGCCGUGCAGUUCUAGCUACCAUGCCGGAUGAAGACAAAGCUAAGCAGAUUAGGCACUCGGCUUAUAUUAAAACAUGGAGAGUGACACACUCGUAUUCUUGACUACUAGCAAAGCCGAAUAUUUAACCAGAAGAGUAAUACUAUCUACUGUCAGUUUAAUGUAUGACCCAUCAGGUCUUGUUACACCUUUUGUACUAAAGGUAAAACAACUCAUUCAAGAUCUAUGUCAGGCCAAAUGUGCUACCUGAUGCAAUUGACAAAUACUAUGAAAUACGGCUAAUAGAGCUAAACCAACUAAGACAAUUAGACAUGAACAGAUGUAUAAAAUCAGUAAGGUUUGGGCAAGUGAAAACAAUACAAUUGCAUCAUUUUUGUGAUGUCAGUAAAAAAGGAUAUGGCACAGUCAGCUACCUCAUGUUCACAGUGCUCUGGCAAUGGGAAAAUUGAGAGUAACCCCUCUUGAGACGAUGACUAUGCCUAGACUUCAGCUUACAGCAGCUACUUUAGCUGUUGUAAAAUGCCCCUCCCACUGCUAGGUGGGGUUGUCGGGCCCCGAGCUCAAGACCCUGUGUCCACCUUAUUUCAGUUUAUCACUUUGAUCAUAUAGACAUUAAAACCACGUUGUACCUAUUAUUCAUUGCUGUUCUCUGCUCGUGAGUUGUGUCUGUGCUUGUCCCUACCCUGGACUUCUAGCUUUUGAUAUCCUCGGUUGUAUCUUGUGUUUACUAGCUCUUGUAUGCAUCUUUUGUAGCCUACUUAGAGUAGUGAUUUUCUGUUGUUCGGUCCUGUUUGUUAUUUUGCUUAGUUGUUAGUUUUUUCUCCUGCGUUGCAGUGACCUUUUGUUCUUAUAAUUUUUUGAUAGCCUUCUUCCCUGCUUAGCAGUGAUUUUUCAUUUGCCUGGACAGUCAGAACCUUUCUGCACUUCUGUACUACAAAUAAACACUGUCUCACUUC